CCCCCUCCUCCUUGCCCCACCUCGCAAAUUCCAGAUGUCAUUGUUUGACCACAAUGACUCCUGAAUCACAAUUUGAAUGUGAUUGGUGACUCCUACUGUGGUGUCCAUGCGGGUGGCUGACGACCUGACGCGGGUGCGAUGUCAUACACAGUCGCGAUGACCAGCAGCACCACGCUCGGCUGGGAGAGCAAUUGACAAGCGGCUUGGACUUCUCGAGCUAGAAGCGACGAGUCUCAACCUCUUUGAAGUGGAGCGCUAAGGUCCUACUUCUCGACGAUACACACCUCCUCGACCUCACACAAGUGUGUGGCAUUUAGCGCAGAGGAGCACUUUGGCUUGGAAUGUCCUUGUCGAGAUCAGCUUCGAGAUGGGCCCACUCGUUCACACUCAGCUUAGCGUCGAGAGAGGCAUCGGCAUCGGCAUAUCUCGCCCAAGUCCCUCCCCACCAUCGCUCGGCACGCACUUCAAUUCGUCGUUUCUACGCAACGAGGAUGGGUGCUAAAUGUGCAAGAAGCGAUGAUGGCGCACGGAAGAGACUGUUGAUGAGCAUAGCUGGCGGUGCCAUACUCGUUGCUGGCACGAUGCUAUGGACGACACCGCUCGCAGGUCCAGACCGACCAAUGAUCUCCCAGCCCACCUCGACGCUCAUACGCUCCUACGUCGUCUGGUCGCUCGUAUCGCUACCUUACGCCACGGACAUUGCUCCGCACCUCAUCCAGUGGUCCCGCAGCACCAGUCUGCCAGGCGUACCCUCUUUCGCUACGUGGCUUGUUCGCAAGACUUUUUUUGGACAGUUUGUUGGAGGCGAGACGGUGGAGGAAUGUGUUCCGCUUAUUCGCUCCUUGGCAAUUGCCAACGUAGGCACGAUGCUCAAUCACUCUUGCGAGGUGAAGCAUGCAGAGAUGCGCCACUCUGAGCGUGGCAGCGACAAUGCAAAGACGGCCACCUCGCCUGUUCACCUUCGUCUGAUUGAGGCGGCAAAGCACUCGAUCAAAGUCGCGUCGGAUCUUGCUUCGGGCAACGUCAAUGCGAGCGGUUGCUCUGGCAGCGACGGCACGGACGAGGUGCCGCGAGGUAGCAUCAUGGUAGCCAUCAAGCUUUCUGGCUUGCUUGCGGACUCCUCUGUCCUCGAGAGAGCUUCAGCGUCGAUUGUGCCGCGAGAGCACUUCAGUGAUCCUCCAGCUCCAGCUCUACCGCACAACUCGACGAGCGGUGCGCCACUAGUCAUCCCAAUGAGUGCACGCGUCAAGCUGACCGAGGAGGACAUUAGCACAAUCACAGAGCUGUGGAGGCAGCUACGAGGCGUGGCUCUUUUGGCGAAAGAGAAGAAGGUCAGGCUGUUGAUUGAUGCGGAGUACUCUUGGUACCAGCCCGCUAUCGACGCGAUCUACGACACUCUCGCGCAGGAAUUCAAUGCGCUUUCCAGUGCUUCAGCAAAAGGCCACGAAUCGCCUCUCGUAUUCAACACGUACCAGGCAUACCUCAGAAGAACUCCAUCACAUCUCGCCUCAUCAUUGCAGCGCGCAAAGAAUGGCCAAUAUGGCCUGGGAGUCAAGCUCGUACGCGGGGCCUACGUCGAGAUCGAGAACAAUGCAUGGCAAAAGCAUCAAGUUGCCACGCCUCCAGUCGAGGCUGCGAGGGCCAAAGAGGGGCAAUGGAACAGUCCGGUUUGGUCAAGCAAAGCGCUUACGGACGAAUGCUAUGAUGCUUGUGCAGAGCGCUUGCUACAGGAGAUUGCGGAUGAAGUCGACAGGCCCCCUGGCAAACGUGGCGGACCAGCAAAAUUGUCUGUCGUCUUUGCCUCGCACAACGUGUCGUCUGCUGUCAGGGCGCUGGACAUGAUGCAGCAUAGCGGUCUGGUGCAAGCUGCCUCUACAGAGCAGAAUAUCUCCCUCUCCGACGAUCAGCCGCCUCGCGAACUGGUCCCGAUCGACUCGAUCAAUGGUCGGAUCCUCUUCGCGCAGCUCCUGGGCAUGGCGGACCCUCUGACAAGGAUGUUGCAGCACGCCUUCAAGAACGCACGCUCGAAGGAGCAGACUCCGCUGGUGUCCAAGUACGUGCCUUGGGGCGCUUUGGACGACGUGAUGCCAUACUUGAUGCGUCGGGCGCAGGAAAACAAGAGUCUAUCUACUGAAGGAGCCAAGAACGAAAGACGAGCCAUUCGUUCUGAGCUCAAAGUACGACUAGCACAAGGCCUCUUUGGGAUGGCGCGGUCGGAUGUAUAGAUUUGCACACGGAUGCGAGAUGGUCACCAUUCUACCCCAAAACACAUCCAUACCAUGUAAUUCUAUUCGAACUCCUAUUCAAUCUAUGGCGUCCGCCA